AUGCGACUCGAGUCGGACUCGAGUCAACUCGGUGCAGGUGUGAGUCUGCCCGGUGUGGUGGCUGCUCGGUGCGGGGCCAAGGUGAUCCUGUCGGACAACGCCGAGAAGCCUCUCUGUCUGGAGAACUGCCGGCGCAGCUGUGCAGCAAACGGCCUCCACGACAUAAGCGUGUUGCCUCUCACCUGGGGGGAGGUCUCACCUGAGCUCACUCAGCUACCCCAGCUGGACAUCAUCCUGGGAUCAGACGUCUUCUACGAGCCCCGGGAUUUUGAGGACGUUCUCCUGACCAUCGCUUAUCUUCUGAGGAAAAACCCCAGAGCUCAGUUUUGGACCACAUACCAGGAGAGGAGUGCUGACUGGUCCAUAGAAGUGUUGCUCAACAGGUGGAAGAUGAGCUGUGUGGACGUUGAUCUAGAAACGUUUGAUGCAGAUAAAUCUGAGCUGGCUGGAUCCUCUCUGCCAGGAAACCACAGCAUCGACAUGAUGAUCAUCACCCUGGAGACUGGAGACCUGGGACUGUAGACUGUAUACAGAAGUGAGAAUGUAGACUGUAUUUAAAAAAGCUACUUUUCCCAGGGAAAUUUAUUUUCGUGAUGGUUGUUCAAUUUUAUAAUUAAAUAAAAUUGAAUAUAUUUUGAUUUCGUUGUAAAAAGGAACAUUAAAAAAAACGAUUUCCCCCGGGAUAAUUAAA